UGUCUCCGGUUUGCUUCGGCCAGCAAUGAAAAUAUUGCCACGACGACCGAGAGUUUUUUUAGAACCAUGUCUCAGGUUGCGGGGUGGCCGUCAGUCGCGAACAAGUGUGAGAUGGCGGCGCUGGGUGCGGGGCUCGAUCCACGACGAUAGCGACAAGCGCGGUGAUGAGGGCGAUCGGGAACAGGCCGGCUCCCGCCUUCCACGUGCCAGCGGGGGGAUGUCGCCCUCAUCGAGGCGGCGCCGCACGGAAGCCGAAGGGGCCCCCGUUACGCUGGCGCUGGGUUAUCCGAGGCCGAUACUGGCGCUGGCAGGAGGCGGGAUCUUAUCUUUUUCAGAAACGAGAGCAUCCCUGAAAGAUUCUUGCUGAUUAGACCCGGCUUGCCCUGCUUCAGCAGAUGAGUGGUGCCCUGCUCUGUUCACUCGAUUCGACACUGUAAACAAUAGGGUUCAAUCCAGAUAUGAUGGCACUGCAAGAACAAGACCCACAAGUGUCAGCUGGUAUGGUGCGCAUCUGCAUAUAUGUAUGCCCUUUUGCUCUGGGCUUGGGCAUCCUUGCCAUUGUGGCUGCUUCUCUGCCGAAGUAUUGGCUCUUGCCAAAGCAUUUUAAUUACAUUUGUCAUGCCGCCGGAUCAAGACCAUGAGCAAGGUAACAGGAGUGGUCACAACAUCAGAAGCAAAUCCUUUCAAAGAUGUGAGGGCUGUGAUUCACAUUACUAUUGGUGUCAUAUGGAUGAUACCCAGAAGUAUUUCUUCAAGUGCAUGGUUGGCAAUUUCCAAGAAAAAAUGGCCAUUCCGCAGAAGUUUGUGCAGAAUUUCAAAGGUCAGAUCUCUGAAGCUAUCAAGCUAGAAGCUCCUGAUGGAAACAUAUACAAUGUUGAGGCUAUCAAGGAUUUAAACAAGAUAGUCCUUGGGUCUGGAUGGGGGGUAUUUGUCCGCUUUUACAAACUAAAAGCGGGCUAUUUCCUGGUCUUCCGGUACAUUGGGGAUUCUCACUUCAAAGUUCUGAUAUUUGAUUUUGGAAGUUGUUGUGAGAAGGAGGUGUUCCACGUUCUCAUGAACUGUGGUCCUAAUGCCCAAGAAAAAGACUCUCGUCUUGAUCGAUCACUGCUGAGUGAAAGACAAUGCCAGAAUGCUGGAUCAAGCAAUGGUGAAUCCCAUCGAAGGUGCGAGCACUGCGAUGUGCACUUCUAUUGGCAUCACAUGGAUGAUAGGCAGAAGCAUUUCUUGAGGCUCAUGGUUAGCGAUUUCCGUCACGAAAUGAACAUACCAGAGAAAUUUGUGAACAAUUUCAGAAGCAGGAUCUCUAAAGUUAUGAAGCUAGAAGCUCCUGAUGGAAACAUAUACAACAUUCAGGUUACCAAUGAUCUGAACAAGAUAGUCCUUAGAUCUGGAUGGACAGCAUUUGCCAGUGCUUAUGAACUAAAAGAGCAUGACUUGCUGGUUUUCAGAUACAUUGGGGACUCUCACUUUAAAGUCCUAAUAUUUGAUCCAAGUGGUCGUGAGAAACAAUUAUUCCACAUUGUCAUGAACCAUGCUCCUAAUGUACCAGACACGGGCAUAUGUCAUGAUCCGUCAUUCUUUAGGGAAACAAGGCGUCGAGACUGUGAAUCACGCGAUAACAACACCAGGAAAACUAAAAAGAUGACUCCUCUGGACUCUCCUUCACGGAGAUCUGCUGAAGGCGUCACAUCUCCAGAGGACACCAUGAAUUCAGGUAUCCCUCCGGAAACUACCGAGCCUCGCUAUGUCCUAGCAACGGGGUGCAAUCUGACUACAGCGCAGAAGGCACAAAUCGACGCACUUGUGAAGAAAGUUAGGCCUGUAAUUCCAUUUUAUAUCACAGCCAUAAACAAGACAAGUAUGUCUGGAACUCUGGUCAUCUGCAAGGACUAUGCUUCCAAAUACCUUCCACAUGAAGACCAAUUCAUCACACUCUGCCAUCCUCGUAAGAGCAACAUAUGGUUAGACCAUUUGAAGGUUACCACCGAUGGUUCAUGCAUGCUUUCGGCUGGCUGGUCAUACUUCGUUCUCCACAACAAGUUGCGGGAAAGUGAUGUUUGUGUAUUCGAAGUAUCAAAAAGCGUUGGUGAAAUGAUAAUGGUUGUUCAUUCUCUUGAAGGAGACCAUCACCUACAAGAGAAAGAGCCUGAAUCUCAAAACAAGUGCAAUUAUCCAGUUAAGGGCAAGGCAAACAAGGAAGAGGAGAGUGAUAAAAAACAUCCCAAAUCCAAGUCCAACUACUACUACUCAAGGUAUGCCGAGGGCCUGACCGGUGAGGAACAAGAGGUGAUAUUCAGGUCAGUGUUGAUCCAACAGGGCAAUGUGGUGUACGUCACCGUCCUGGGGAAGAAUAACGUUAGAAGCAGGAGGAACUCGCUGACGUUCCCUGGAAAUUUCGCGGCUAAGCAUCUCGUGGAGAGGUCCCAUGACAUCCUGCUCCUGAGGCCCAACCGGAGAGAGACGUGGUGCGCGAGGUACUACUACCACCCGAAAGAACAGGGUUUCAGCUACAGUCCCUGGACCAAGUUCCUCCGUGACAACAAGCUGUGUGAGGGCCAUGUCUGCGUCUUCGAGCUGAUGAAGGGCGUGAGUAAAGCGACGAUGAUUGUCCAUGUGUUCACGAAGGUCGAUGGCAGGUUCGUUCUGCUGGACUAACUACCUGUUACCACUGGGAGUGGGGGCUGAACUGGGAGUAGUUUGUGUACGAGGCAAGAGUGAACUGAUAUGGCUUCAGUAGAACUAGUUGUUUAUCCGUCAGGCGUGACUGUGAUUUCAGAACAGAGAGGAACAUUUCAGCGCCAUGCCAACAACUAUAGCGCUAGCUCCACUAAAAUUCUAUUGAACCUAAGUUGGAGAGUCCCAGCUAGUGGAUUGCAGUGUGCAUAUGUUACCCGAGGUCUGCUGCUCAGCUAAUCGACGACGAGAAGUUGUAGCUUGUAACUUGUGUAUUCUUAAGUGGUUAUCGAGUAGGAGAAUUAAUUGAUCGUUGCAGUGA